AUGAAUCCAAUUAGACAGAAUGAUCAAAAGAAAUUUAAGAAAAGUUCUAUUUAAUUAAUCUUAGAAUAAAUUCUUUUUAUUGAAAUAAAUUUAUGUUGCCAAACAUUCUAUGAUAAAAUUUUAUUAUUAAACCUUAAUUCAUGUUAAUAGAAGACAAUUACAAUUAUAUAGAUCUUAGCAGUUGCUUUUAUGGUUUUUAUUAUGUUAUUUCAAUUUUAUUGGAAGUUUGUAUUUUUUUGUAUUUAAAUUUAUCAAAUUAUCAAGCCGUUUCAAAAGUAAUUUUAGAUUUAAAAUUAUUUUUAAAAUUGA